CAUAUUACAUUUUUCAAUCCGCCCAUUUGGAAGUUUCGACAGUUUUCCUCCUCGCGCCGGUCGAUAAUGUCAGCCAAUUAACACCGACCUGUAGCACGUCACCUGGAACAACCUACAACAGCAACUAAUCCAAGCACCCGAGAUGGGCCAGAAAGUAUCACGCAGUGACUUUGAGUGGGUGUACACGGAAGAGCCGCACGCCUCGCGGCGCAAGCUAAUCCUGGAGAAGUACCCGCAGAUCAAGAAGCUCUUCGGACACGACCCCAACUUCAAAUGGGUGGCCGGUGCGAUGGUGCUCACCCAGAUCCUGGCGCUGUUCGUCGUUAAGGACCUGUCGUGGUCGUGGCUCCUCGUGGCCGCUUACAGCUUCGGGGGCAUCAUCAACCACUCGCUGAUGCUUGCCGUGCACGAAAUUUCGCACAAUUUGGCAUUCGGUCACAGCAGACCCCUUCAUAAUCGGAUCCUGGGCUUUAUCUGUAACCUGCCCAUUGGCUUGCCCAUGAGCAUUUCUUUUAAGAAGUACCAUCUGGAACAUCACCGUUACCAAGGUGAUGAGGCAAUCGACACUGACAUACCCACACUGCUGGAGGCGCGCCUUUUUGACACCACGUUUGGAAAGUUUUUGUGGGUGUGCUUGCAGCCUUUCUUCUACAUUUUCCGUCCACUGGUGAUAAACCCGAAGCCACCUACGCGCCUGGAAAUAAUCAACACCGUGGUGCAGCUGACUUUCAACGCGCUCAUUGUUUACUUCUUGGGCUGGAAGCCUCUAGCGUAUUUGUUGAUCGGUAGCAUUCUUGCCAUGGGAUUGCACCCGGUGGCCGGACACUUUAUUUCGGAGCACUACAUGUUCGCUAAGGGAUUUGAAACCUACUCCUACUACGGCCCGCUCAAUUGGAUCACCUUUAAUGUCGGCUACCACAAUGAGCAUCACGACUUUCCGGCGGUACCCGGCUCCAGGCUGCCCGAGGUUAAGCGCAUCGCAAAGGAAUUCUACGACACAAUGCCCCAGCACACCAGCUGGACCCGGGUACUUUACGACUUCAUCAUGGACCCAGCCGUGGGACCAUACGCCCGCGUAAAGCGCCGCCAGCGCGGUCUAGCCUCCUAAGCAAUCGAUGCUAUUCAAGGUUUCCUGCCAUGAAUGUAAUCUCAGCGUUAGACCUAAACCGGUUUUUUAUGUAUAUAUAAAUCGUACAGACGUUUACAUCGGACGAGGAAGAAUUGAAGGGAGCGACGAAUUGCACAGCACCUACUAAUCUCCAACGAUUAGAUAAAGGAAACGUAGACGUGUAUAUAGUUUUUGGUAUUAUUGCAAUACUGUUAGCACUCUCGAGCGCUUUAAAUUUGUUUUACCUCAUAAGUAGGAAAGCCUAUUGAAUCUAGUGUGUAAUACUUGUCCUAUUAUACUAUUGUCUUAAUAUUUUCGAUACAUAUUUAUAUUGCUUUCAAAUCAUAAUUGUGAAGCCCCAAUGCAGUGUGUUUGUCCCUAAACGUCACCCCAACGGCAGUAAGCUACUAAUCAACUAACCAGCAACUACUAUUUUUGAUAGCCUCUUGAAACUGUUACCUAAGAAUAAUGUUUAAGUGAUUUGCCAGGGGUGGCUGCAUGUAUAGAAUAACGUUGAAACUUGUGAGCAAAAUAAUAAAAGCAACGUCCUAUUGUAA